GUAAAAUGAUUACUUUAAAAAGUUCAAUUCUGUUGAUUGGUCUUUUAUUGCCAGCGAUUAGUUGGUCACUUUCCUUUCCAAGUGAUGAUCAAUCAUCGACAUUUAGACAGGUUAAUAGUGUUUACAAUGGUCGUCGAAAUGGUCGACAUCGUCAGGGUGUUUCCGAAUCAAUAAAAUCUCCAUCAUCAUCAUUAAUCAUCAAUUCUCAAUCUUUACCAACGGUAAAAAAGUCAAACCAAAUCUCCAAUAAUGGUACAGUUAAACCCUUAUUAGGAUCAGAAGUAAACGAAGGGUCAACACCUAAUCGAUUGGCUGUUUCACCGAAACACUUGGAUCCAUUACGAGAGACAACACAAUUACCAAUACAACCAAAAGAUAAUUCAAUUGAUAGUCAAACUGAAUCAGAUAAAAUUCCAAUGAAAUCAUCAGCAAUCGGAGAUGGUGGUGAUUACGGUGUUGUAACAACCGACAACAAAGAAGAUUGUGUUUGUGUCCCUUACUAUCAAUGUGACAACGGAAAAGUAAUUGAAGAUGGUUCAGGUUUAAUUGAUCCAAGAAUUAAAUCGAAACCAGCAAAAGAAAAGUCAACAAUUAACGAGGAAGGUAAAUCAAGUCCAUCUUAUUGUGGUACUUUCCAUGUUUGUUGUUCUGAUCCUGAAACGGUUACAACUCAACCUUAUCUUCAUCGAUGUGGAAUUCAAAAUCCCGCAGGAAUCAAUUCAAGAAUCUUAUCCCCGGACCGAAAAGGUGAAGCGGAUUUCGGUGAAUGGCCUUGGCAGGCUGCUUUACUUAAAUCUGAACAAGAUGUUAACAUUUUCCAAUGUGGUGGUACUUUAAUUGACGAUUAUUUCAUCAUAACUGUUGCUCAUUGUGUUAAAGAUUUUAUCAACAAUCCAAGACUGUUAAAGGUUAGACUUGGUGAAUGGGAUACAGCAAAUGAGAAUGAAUUUUAUCCCCAUGAAGAUUAUGAUGUUGAGAAAAUUAUUAUACACCCAGAAUUUAGAGGUAACAAUCUAUGGAAUGAUAUUGCUCUUAUUAGGCUUAAUCGUCGGGUACAAUUUAAGCCAAACAUUGAUUCAAUUUGUUUACCUGAGAUUGGUGAGACUCAUGAAUAUCAAGAAUGUGUAACCACCGGUUGGGGUAAAACUGCUUACAAGGGUGGAAGCUAUUCCAGCAUCUUGAAGGAAAUAUCAGUUCAAGUUGUUCCUCGGGAAAAUUGUCAACAAGCCUUGAGACAAACUCGAUUAGGAUUGAGAUUCAAGCUUCAUCAUGGAUUCAUUUGUGCUGGUGGUGAGGAGAGUCGAGACUCUUGUAAGGGUGAUGGUGGUGGUCCAUUGGUUUGCUAUCGACAAGAUGGAACCUACUCCUUGGUUGGUCUAGUUUCAUGGGGAAUUGAAUGUGGACAGAAAGGAGUUCCUGGUGUUUAUGUGGACAUAACCAAAUAUUUAGAUUGGAUUAUCAGUGUUACCGGAAAAGAUUUUAAUUAUUAUGCUUCCCCUGUUUCUCAAAGCAAUAGUAAUAAUAAUAUCCACAAGAAACAGAAACAAUCAAGAAAAUUAACACCAACUGAAUAAUUUCAACGUAAAGGACAAUUUAAUUGAAACAAUCAACUUCUCAACAUGACAAUAAUCAAACAAUUAACCGAUUUAAUUUUCUUCCAAUGUAAUAUUUGUUUGAAAACUUUUUUUUUACUUGGAUUGGAAAUAAAAUUUUUCUAUUAAUAGUAU